AUGCGAAAGGAGGGCUUGAUAAAAUCGAGUACUGAGGACGGAACCAGGAGUAGGUUUGUUAUCGCCGCAAGGUCAAUACCCCCUGAAGCACCAAUGACCAUUGUGGAGGGAGCAGACCCGCUUCAGUCAUUACUCCUUGUCCUUACCCAGUCUUUGACCAAAUGCCUACUCAAAUCGGGGUUACUCGUUGUCUUACAAUGGCGCAAACAAGCAGGGAUAUACCCUGAAGCCUGUACCCAUGAAGCUUACAUACAGCCUGUAGACGCCGCCACUGAACUUAUAACUGCCUUAGCCCCAUGUACAUACAGCACGGGCCCAGUACAUGGGACUGCAGUACCUUUUGAGAAUUGGUUCUUAUAUAGACUAAAGACCAUCCACGUUCUAUAAUUACUGACCUGAAAGUGAGAAUAUCGCCACUAGUCAUCACCAUGAUCAUUGCUGUGGUUCAAGUGACCAUCUUUCUUGCUAAAAAACCACAUUAGCCUUGUUUCGCUUCUUUAGCCCGCUUUCCACUUAAGUGAACAGUCUUUUAUUAUCUGCUUCGCCUUGUAUCGAUGAAAAGCAUCCCCUUCACGAAUAAUAUGCGUCUUGGUUUCUACGGUGCGUUGGUAUACAUGGCUCAGAGCCUGCAAGUCAUCUCACUGUCUCAGG